GUCUGUGUGGUGGUCGCGCUCGGCUCUUGCGUCGUAUUGCGCUUGCCAAGCGUCAUAAGACCCCCGGUUUGACCUGUCCAUCCUGCCACAAUCCAGCGCAUGACUCCUCUAAACCAGCGGAGAUCGUCCUUAGACACUAGUUCUGGCACGCCCAUUCGCCCAUGCUAGCCUCUUUCUUAUGUCUCUGCAGUGCCUGCCGGCUUUCAUCACACCGUCCUUCACAUACGCAAUAGACUUCUUCCCCACGUUCGCUCUCUGUCGCCAUACCCGUUCGUUCUUUGGUUUUCCCUCUGCCGUGCCAUCACGCUCUCUGGGUGUUUCGGCUGUCCCGAUUUCCAACCCGUCAACCCACGUUUUGCUCUAUACUUGGUCAUCUGAACUUCUUGCCGGCUCCAUCUAUAGCUUGGGUAUUUGUGGUUCACAAUGGCGACGAAUGUGCAUGCCGCUAGCCGUGCGUACCUUUUCCGAACUUACCGCUAACACCUUGAAAUAUCAUGGACUUGUGCUACAAUCGGGCCUGUCAAUCCGUAGUAUUAGUACGCUUUGUUGCUUCAUCCAUUGUGCUUUGCUAUUGCAUCAUCAGUGCAUUCAAUUCAUACUUGACAGAACCCUCAGAGCCUUUGUAUAUCUCCGUGAUCGAAGCAUUCCAGCGGCCCCGCAAUUCAUUCCCCCUUGACUGAAUGCGUAUGCCGGAUCAUG